AUGUCAGAACCCGAAUCUUCAAAAACAGACUGGAGUCUCUCCUCCGGCCACGGCUAUAUUCUCAACCGUGCUCGCACUCGUACCCACAUCUCCUCUUGUCGACUCAAUCUGCAACACUAUCUCUGGAAAGAAGCACUUGGGUUUAAUAUCCAUCCAUCUAUUCUUCUGCAUUUACCCAAGGAUGUCAAAAUUGCGGAUGUAGCAACGGGCACAGCAGCAUGGCUACUGGAUAUAGGAAGGCAGUUUCCAGAUGGGAAGCUAGUGGGGCUUGAUAAAGAUAUCAAGCAGGCGCCGAAUGAGAAAUGGUUAGCAGGAAACACGGAGGUGAGGAAAUGGGAUAUUUUUGAAGAUGUACCGGGGGAAUGGGUUGGAUUGUUUGAUUUUGUGCAUGCGAGAUUGCUUGUUUUGGUUUUGGAGGGGGAGAGUCAGAUUCUAGAGUUUGUGGGGAAAUUGAUGAGGAUGUUGAAGCCGGGAGGAUAUCUACAAUGGGAUGAACUCGAUUGCGUAAACAUGCACGUCAAAACUCCCUCUUCUUCUAUACAAGCCCCGGCUCUCCAACAAAUCCGCAGCAUGUCCUGGGCAAAUGGACGAUAUGAUUGGACGCUUCAAAUUCCGUCUUUUCUCAAAGAUGCUGGGUUGGAGGAGAUAGAUGUGCAGAGUUUUGGAGAUGAAGAUAGAUUGGUGAGAGCGUUUAAUGAACAGCAUUUAUUGACGAUGGAGGAAUUUGCGGAUAGUUUGAUGAGGAUUGGGAAGGAGGAGGCGGCGGAAAUGUGGUGGAGGUUGAUUGAGAGGGGGGAGAGAGAGGCGGAGGAGGGCAAUGCAUUGUGUAUUCCUAGGGUUGUUUGUACGGGAAAGAAGCCGGGGGAGAGUGGUAUAUGA